AUGCUCGUUGCUUUACCCAUUGUAUCUUUCUUUUGCGUCGUCAUUCUCGGCGUCUUUGCCGCCGGUCCUCGAAUUCGAACUGAUGUCGCACAACUUGCACUCGUUCUUUGGCUUCUGGUGUGCAACCUCAUUCAGGGAAUCAAUAGUUUGGUUUGGGCUGGAAAUACCGAUAUUCAUGUUCCUCGCUGGUGUGAUCUGGUGACCAAAGUACUGUUAGGAUUAGUGGUUGCUAUUCCGGGUGCAUGUAUCUGUAUAUCGACUAGGCUCGCGCGCAUCCACGAUGACCAGAAGAAGAAACCCUCUUCGAAACGUUUGCAAUACAUUCUCGACGGUUUAUUCUGUUUUGUUAUUCCUGUGUUAUAUAUGUGUCUCCGUAAGUUUUUCUACAUCCUCGUGUAUCGAAGAGUUUAUUUACGUGCACUGGGUACAGAUUUCAUCGUUCAAGAUCACAGAUUCAAUAUAUUGGAAAACUUUGGCUGUAGCGCCUCUGUUUACCCAGCAAAUCAAGCUAUAGUUCUAAUGUUACUUCCUCCUAUGCUGCUCGGCGGCGUCGCUUUCUUUUCUACGAGUCAGUCCUCUUUUUCGAAUCUCGAAUGCGUAUUCCUAAUGCAGACCACUCCUAGCUCGAGCCUUUCAUAA